AGACGCGUGCGUUAGUGAAACGCGACACCGCGAAGGCUGAAAGAGCGAGCCUUUAAAAGCAGCGAUGAGAAAGAUGUCGAUUUUCAAAGGAAGGAAGGGAAGGAGUGAAAGCAAGAAACCUUUAAUAGAGAAAAACAACAACACACAAGAUGGAAAUGACCAUGCGGGUUACAUGUUUGAGAACUCCUUGGCCCAGAACACCUUCAACACUGCAGAGGAAUGCAUGCAGAGACAGAAAAUCAUCUCUAUUCUGGAGCUAGUUCAGUGUCUCGGGGUGUCCUCUGAAAGCAUUUACAACCCCACAGAGCCUAAUUUGGAACUACUGAAUGUCACCGAUUGGCCCCUCGAUCAGACAUUCAAUAUGCUGCAGAAUCUGCUCCAGAAGAUCAGCACUGCCAGUCAUUGCCUCCUACUGAUGGACUGGGCCCAAAGCAAAUAUAUGAGCAGGGAGGUGAGUUUUAAUCCAGACAAAAUGUUCUGCGAAUGGGAAGAAAAGGCAACAAAGAAACUGCUUAAAAGUGUGCAGAAAGAGAUCAGAGACUCCCUGGACAAAAUCCUGCUGAAUGAGACCCGCACAGAAGGCUGGAAGGAAGAAGAUUAUAUUAAACUUUAUUUGGACACUAUCCAGUGCGUUAACGCCAUGCCCAAUGAAGCACAAAAAAUCAGUCCCAGAGUGCACGAUCAAGUCAAGGAGGUGUGUUUCCAAGAGUUCCUGACAUUUGUGAAAAGGUACAGCGCAGAGCAGACUGAGGAUCUUAAGAAAAAGGCAGAAACAGACAAAUCGGAAACAAUAAACUUCCUCAAGACUCUGAAAACCUGUAAGGAACUCAGGAAGUACGUUCAGACCGAAGGUGCGGGUGUCACAGCUUCUCUUCGCCAAGAAACUCUGUCAACACUUAUGAAUCUGGAGGCUUCUACUCUCGCACUCCUGAUGAAAACUGUAACUGACAUUGCAGAGAACCAUCUUAAAACUUACUUCAAAUCAGAUAAGGGGCUGAACUUCAUGCUCAAUAGUGUUCAGAAGCAUUUCCCAAACCUGCCCUAUGUUUUGGAUGAGCAAAAAAUGGUGAUGCAAGGGGCCUAUAAGAUCAUCACCCAUACUUACGUGAAACAUCUUAUCAAGUGCAGCCAGCGCAACCUGAAGAAGCGAUGGGGUCCCAAUGUUGGCGAAAGAAUAACUGAAGAUGCAAACCAACUUCACAACGCCAUCUCAGAAAUGGCUCCUGGUGGCCAAGAGUGUCCCCAGAUGCUGCUGCGCAUCCAAGAGGCGGUGGACUGCAAGUCCAUCGAUUCGCUGAAGAUGAUACUGGCACACAUGCAGCGAGACUAUCGCCCACAGAGUGAGGGCUUGGACCUGGCCGCCCUGCUGACGUGGAAGGGUCUUUCUAAAAGCCAGGUUAGAGAGGUACUGGAGGCUCUUCCUGGCAGUGAAUCCAGACCCACCUCCAUAUCCUGUUUCUCCUGUUGUAUCUGCUCAUGAAAGUUUAGUUGCACAACAAAGGAUCAAGCGCAACAAAAAGGACAGUGCUGAUUGUUAUAAAUCUUUAUAACACUUUCAGAUUAAAAGAUAGAAGGUGGAGUUUGGCUGAGAGAGAAUUAUGGGUUGUUUAAACAAUCUGAGAUAGUCUGGCCAAAGAGUUUUAUUCUCGCUGUAUAUAGUAAAUAACAGCCAUACAUACUUGAAUGUACUUUGUUUACUGUAGUUAGUAGAAUUUUUUUUUAGAUCAUGUUUUUAAUUUAAUAUUUAAUAAAUGUUAUUUAUGAAUGUAUAAAUAUACAUUUGUACAAGCUGAGGCAAUUUAAAGGCCCAACUAUUAUUCCGUUAGCUUCCCUUAACUCACUGGGUCUAAAAAACAAGCAAAACCUGUGGGUGUUAACUUGAUAAUGAAGUACAAACAU